AUGCGCAACCUCCAACUCACGCUCCUCGCUCUCCUCCCCGCCGCUCUCGCCAAAACGAUCGACAUCGACGUCGGAUCCGGGGGCUUGAACUUCGCCCCCGACACCGUGACCGCCGCCAAAGGCGACGUGCUCGCCUUCCACUUCUACCCGCCCGAACACAACGUCGCGCAGAGCACAUUCGACAAACCGUGCGUGCCUAGCGCCGGCGGCAUCUUCUCCGGCACCGUGGAAGUCAAGGGGACAGAGAGCGACCAGACCUUCAAUGUCGUGGUUAACGAUACUAAUCCGAUCUGGUUGUAUUGUGGCUACGAGGGCCAUUGUAAUAGGGGUAUGGCUAUGGUUGUGAAUGCGCCGUGA